AUGGAAAUCACGUCUCCACUGGGCACAUCCUCCACCCUGGAGCAGGACCCUGUUUCCACAUUGACCGCCGCCCUCCCCAGAACCAGGAGCCCUGAGACACGGCCAGGGCCAGCUUCCGCCGUCACCACUGGACCAAGCCCAGCCAGCACACCCGAGGGGACCAGCACAGGUUCAGGGACAAGCACUGGACAUUCUGAAGGGACAACCGGUGCUGCCACUCAGGUCUCCAAGACACAAGGAAGCUACUCCAGCACCACAUCCACCCAACAGACUACUGGGUCCACGGGGCCACCAGACAUCUCCACAGAAACCAUCACCGGGCCACAUACCUCCACCAUCACGCCUGCCUCAGCAGAAGCGACCAUCACCAGCCCGACAGGUCCUACCGGCUCCAUGUCGCACGCUAACCCAAACUUGGACACAACGACCACCUCCGCCCUGGACGAGGGCCCCUCAGCUGGGAGCCAGGCAUUUCCUCACUCAGAAGUGGCCUCCCUCACGAGCAGGGCUCCUGGGAAGGUGUCAUGGACCACGCAUCCCUGCAGGCAGGAAACCAGCUCUGUCUCUUCCCUGCUGCCCUCUUUCCUUCCCACGUCGUUACCUCCUCCUGCGUCCUCCAUGUCACCUGAGGCUGUUCCCUCCACCUCUCUACCCCUGACUUCUUCCCUCAUCACCCCAGACCUGGGCAAGACCACAGGUGUCUUGGCCUCGAGCUCAGGUCCCCAGGGCACCUCGCCUCCGUCUCUCAGCAGUGUCCCCGCUGACAGCCUGGCCACUGCCGGAGAUACCACAGACACAGGGAGCAUCGCUCCAUCCUCAGACACAGCGGUCACCCAUGUGGGUACCACCACCUCGGGACUUGGACACCACACCUCUGUCCUGGCUACCGUGCAGGCAACGGAAAACACGUCUGCAGCAGGCACCUCCUCCAUGAUGGGGGAGAAACCUGUUUCCACACCAACCAACGCCUUCCCCAGUACCAGCAGCCUUGAGACCCGGCCAAGGCCAGCUUCUGCCAUUAGCCUUGGAAGGAGCCUGGCCAGCACCCACGAGGACACAAUCCCAAGCUCAGGGACAAGCACUGGCCUUUCUCAGGGGCCCACCGGUGCUACCGCUCAGGUUUCCGGGACGGUAGGCAGCUCCUCGAGCGACACAUCCACCCCACAGGCUGCUGCGUCCAUGGCACGACCAGACAUCUACACAGAAACCAUGACUGGGCCACGUAACUCUGCUAUCAAGCCCGGCUCAGCGGAAGCGACCAUCACCAGCCCAACAGGUCCUGCUAGCUCCACGUCACAGGCUAACCCAAACUUGGACACAACAACCACUUCCGCCCUGCACGGAAGCCCCUCAGCAGAGAGCCAGGCAUUGCCUCAAUCAGAAGGGGCUUCCAUCAUGAGCAGGGUGCCCGGGGAGGUGUCGUGGACCACGCAUCCCUACGGGCAGGAAACCAGCUCUGUCUCUUCCCUGCUGCCCUCAUUCCCUCCCACGUCCUCACCUGCUCCUGCCUCCUCCAUGUCGCCAGAGGCUGUUCCCUCCACGUCUCUGCCCCUGACUUCUUCCCUCCUCAUCUCAGGCCUGAGGAAGACCACAGGUGUCUUGGCCACGAACUCAGGUCCCCAGGGCACCUCGCUUCCGUCUCUGAGCAGUGCCCCCGCUGAGAUCCUGGCCACCGCCAGACAGACCACAGGCACAGGGAGCAUCUCUACAUCCUCGGACGCAGCAGUCACCCAUGUGGGGACCACAACUUCUCGUCCUGGACACCACACCUCUGUCCUGGCUACCUUGCAGGCAACGGAAAUCAAGUCUGCACGGGGCACAUCCUCCACCAUGGGGCAGGAACCUGUUUCCACACCGACCGACACCUUCCCCACAACUGGGAGUGCUGAGACCCGGCCAGGGCCAGGUUCCGCCAUCAGCCCUGGACGGAACUCGGCCAGCACCCAGGAGGACAAAAGCGCAGGCUCAGGGACAAGCACUGGCCUUUCUCAGGGGCCCACCGGUGCUGCCACUCAGGUCUCCGAGACAGAACGCAGCUCCUCUAGCACCCCAUCCACCCAACAGCCUGCUGGGUCCACGGCACCACCGCACAUCUCCACAGGAACUAUCACCAGGCCACAUACCUCCGGUAUCACGCCUGCCUCAGCGGAAGCGACGAUCACCAGCCCAGCAGGUCCCGCCGCUUCCACGUCAUACACUAGCCGGACCUUGGACACAAAGACCACGUCCGCCUGGGACGGAAGCCCCUCUGCUGGGAGCCAGGCAUUGCUUCCCUCAGAAGGGACCGCCCUCACGAGCAGGAGGCCUGGGAAGGUGUCAUGGACCACGCAUCCCUCCAUGCAGGAAACCAGCUCUGUCUCUUCCCUGCUGCCCACUUUUCCUCCCACGUCCUCACCUGCUCCUGCCUCCUCCAUGUCACCCAAGGCUGUUCCCUCCACCUCUCUGCCCCUGACUUCCUACCCCCUCACCCCAGGCCUGGGGAAGAUGACAGGUGUGUUGGCCAGGAGCUCAGGUCCCCAGGGCACGUCGCCUCCAUCUCUGAGCAGUGCCCCGCCUCACAUCCUAGCCACCGCUGGACAGACCACAGACACAGGGAGCAUCGCUCCCUCAUCGGACACUGCGGUCACCAAUGUGGGGACCACAGGUUCCAGACCUGGACACCACACCUCUCUCCCAGCUGCCGUGCAGGCAACGGAAAUCACGUCUGCACAGGGCACCUCCUCCACCAUGAGGGAGGAUCCUGAUUCCACACUGACCGCCGCCUUCCCCAGGACCGGGAGCCCUGAGACCCGGCCAGGGCCAGCUUCCGACAUCAGCCCUCGACCGAGCUCGGCCAGCACCCCCGAGCGGACCAGCCCAGGCUCACAGGCAAGCACUGGCCUCUCUGAGGGGCCCACCGGUGCUGCCAGUCAGGUCUCCAGGACAGAAGGCAGCUCCUCCAGAACCACAUUCACCACACAGCCUGCUGGGUCCACGGCACCAACAGACGUCUCCACAGGAACCAUCACCAGGCCACAUACCUCCGAGAUCACGCCUGCCUCAGCGGAAGCGACCAUCACCAGCUCAACAGGUCCUGCCGGCUCCAUGUCACAGGCUAUCCCAAACUUGGAGACAACAACCACCUCUGCCCUGGACGGAAGCCCCUCAGCAGAGAGCCAGGCAUUGCCUCAAUCAGAAGGGGCUUCCCUCACGAGCAGGGUGCCCGGCGUGUUGGCCCUGAGCUCAGGUACCCAGGGCACCUCGACUCCGUCUCUGAGCAGUGCCCCCGCUGACAGCCUGGAAACCGCCGGACAGACCACAGACACAGGGACCAUCGCUCCAUCCUCAGACACAGCGGUCACCCAUGUGGGGACCACCACUUCCAGACGUGGACACGACACCUCUCUCCCAGCUAACUUGCAGGCAACGGAAAUCACGUCUGCACCGGGCACGUCCUCCACCAUGGGGGAGGAACUUGCUUCCACACCGACCACCGCCUUCCCCACGACUGGCAGACCUGAGACCCGUCCACGCCAAGCUUCUGCCAUCAGCCCUGCGUGGAGCCCGGUCAGCGCCGCCAAGGACACAAGCCCAGGCACAGGGACAGGCACUGGCCUUUCUGAGGGGCCCACCAGUGCUGCCACUCAGGUCUCCGGGACAGAAGGCAGCUCCUCCAGCGCCACAUCCACCCCACAGCCUGCUGGAUCCACAGCGCCACCAGACAUCUCCACAGAAACCAUCACCUGGCCCCGUACCUCCCUCUUCACGCCUGUAUCAGCGGAAGCGACCAUCACAAGCCCAAGGAGUCCUGCCGGCUGCAUGUCACACAGCCUGGGGAAGACGACAAGUGUCUUGGCCACGAGCUCAGGUCCCCAGGGCACCUUGCCUCUGUCUCUGAGCAGUGCCCCCGCUGACAGCCUGGCCACCGCCAGAGAUACCACAGACACAGGGAGCAUCGCUCUGUCCUCAGACACAGCGGUCACCCACGUGGGGACCACCACCUCGGAACCUGGACACCACACCUCUGUCCUGGCUACCUUGCAGGCAACGGAAAACACGUCUACACCGGGCACCUCCUCCACGAUGGGGAAGAAACCUGUUUCCACACCAACCAACGCAUUCCUCAGUACCAGGAGCCUUGACACCCGGCCAAGGCCAGCUUCCGCCAUUAGCCUUGGAUGGAGCCCGACCAGCACCCACGAGGACACAAUCCCAAGCUCAGGGACAAGCACUGGCCUUUCUCAGGGGCCCACCGGUGCUACCAGUCAGGUUUGGGGGACAGUAGACAGCUCCUCCAGUGCCACAUCCACCCCACAGGCUGCUUCCACGGCACCAUCAGACAUCUACACAGAAACCAUCACUGGGCCACGUACCUCUGCCAUCACACCUGGCUCAGCGGAAGCGACCAUCACCAGCCCAACAGGUCCUGCCGGCUCCUCGUCACAGGCUAUCCCAAACUUGGACACAACAACCACCUCCCCCCUGGACGGAAGCCCCUCAGCAGAGAGCCAGGCAUUGCCUCAAUCAGAAGGGGCUUCCCUCACGAGCACGGUGCCUGGGGAGGUGUCGUGGUCCACGCAUCCGUACGGGCAGGAAACCAGCUCUGCCUCUUCCCUGGUGCCCUCAUUCUCUCCCACGUCCUCAUGCCUGGGGAAGACCACAGGUGUAUUGGCCACGAACUCCGGUCCCCAGGGCACCUCGCCUCCGUCUCUGAGCAGUGCCCCCGCUGACAGCCUGGCCACCGCCGGACAGACCACAGACACAGGGAGCAUCACUACAUCCUUGGACGCAGCAGUCACCCAUGUGGGGACCACAACUUCCGGUCCUGGACUCCACACCUCUGUCCUGGCUACCUUGCAGGCAACGGAAAUCAAGUCUGCACGGGGCACCUCCUCCACCAUGGGGAAGGAACCUGUUUCCACACCGACCGACACCUUCCCCACAACUGGGAGUGCUGAGACCCAGCCAGGGCCAGCUUCUGCCAUCAGCCCUGUAUGGAGCUCGCCCAGCACCCAGGAGGACAAAAGCGCAGGCUCAGGGACAAGCACUGGCCUUUCUCAUGGGCCCACCGGUGCUGCCACUCAGGUCUCCGGGACAGAACACAGCUCCUCUAGUGCCCCAUCCACCCAAAAGCCUGCCGGGUCCAUGGCACCACCGGACAUCUCCACAGCAACUAUCACCAGGCCACAUACCUCCGCUAUCACGCCUGCCUCAGCGGAAGCGACCAUCACCAGCCCAACAGGUCCCGCCGCUUCCACGUCAUAUGCUAGCCGGACCUUGGACACAAGGACCACGUCCGCCUGGGACGGAAGACCCUCUGCUGGGAGCCAGGCAUUGCUUCCCUCAGAAGGGACCGCUCUCACGAGCAGGAGGCCUGGGAAGGUGUCAUGGACCACGCAUCCCUCCAGGCAGGAAACCAGCGCUGUCUCUUCCCUGCUGCCCUCUUUUCCUCCCACGUCCUCACCUGCUCCUGCCUCCUCCAAGUCACCCAAGGCUGUUCCCUCCACCUCUCUGCCCCUGACUUCAUACCCCCUCAACCCAGGCCUGGGGAAGACGACAGGUGUGUUGGCCAGGACCUCAGGUCCCCAGGGAACCUCGCCUCCAUCUCUGAGCAGUGCCCCGCCUGACAGCCUGGCCACCGCCGAACAGACCACAGACACAGAGACCAUCGCUCCGUCCUCGGACACAGCGGUCACCCAUGUGGGGACCACCACAUCCGGUCCUGGACAGCAGACCUCCGUCCUGGCUACCUUGCAGGCAAUGGAAAUCACGUCUGCACCGGGCACCUUCUCCACCAUGGAGGAGGAACCUGUUUCCACACCGACCGCCGCCUUCCCCAUGACCGGGAGAGCUCAGACCUGGCCAAGGCCGGCUUCCGCCGUCAGUCCUGGACCCAGCCCAGCCAGCACACCCGAGGGGACCAGCACAGGUUCAGGGACAAUCACUGGACUCUCAAAAGGGCCCACCGGUGCUGCCACUCAGGUCUCCAAGACACAAGGCAACUCCUCCAGCACCACAUCCACCCCACAGCCUGCUGGGUCCACGGCGCCAACAGACAUCUCCACAGAAACCAUCACCGGGCCACAUACCCCCGCCAUCACGCCUGCCUCUGCGGAAGCGACCAUCACCAGCCCGACAGGUCUUGCCGAAUUCACGUCACACGCUAGUCCAACCAUGGACACAACGACCACGUCCGCCCAGGUCGGAAUCCCCUCUGCUGGGAGCCAGGCAUUGCUUCCCUCAGAAGGGACCGCUCUUAUGAGCAGGAGGCCCGGGAAGCUGUCAUGGACCACGCAUCCCUCCAGGCAGGAAACCAGCUCUGUCUCUUCCCUGCUGCCCUCUUUCCCACCCAGGUCCUCACCUGCUCCUACCUCUUCCAUGUCACCCAAGGCUGUUCCCUCUCUGCCCCUGACUCCUUCCCUCAUCACCACAGGCCUGGGGAAGACCACAGGUGUGUUGCCCUCGAGCUCAGGUCCCCAGGGCACCUCGCCUCCAUCUAUGAGCAGUGCCCUGCCUGACAUCCUAGCCACCAUUGGACAGACCACAGAAACAGGGAGCAUCGCUCCAUUCUCGGACACAGCGGUCACCCAUGUGGGAACCACCACUUCAAGACCUGGGCACCACACCUUUCUCCCAGCUACCUUGCAGGCAACGGAAAUCACGUCUGCGGGGGGCAUGUCCUCCAUGAUGGGGGAGGAACCUGUUUCCACAAUGACGGCCGCCUUCCCCAUGACUGGGAGCACUGACACCUGGCCAGGGCCAGCUUACACCAUUAGCCCUGGACCAAGCCCAGCCAGCACCCCGGAGGGGAACAGCCCAGGCUCGGGUACAAGCACUGGACUUUCUGAGGGGCUCACCAGUGCUGCCACUCAGGUCUCCGGGACAGAAGGCAGCUCCUCCAGCGCCACAUCCACCCCACAGCCUGCUGGGUCCACAGGGCCACCAGACAUCUCCACAGAAAGCACCACCGGGCCACGUACCUCUGCCAUCACACCUGCCUCAGCGGAACAGACCAUCACCAGCCCAACAGGUCCCGCUGGUUCCACGUCACACGCUAGACUUACCUUGAACACAACGACCACCUCGGACUGGGAUGGAAACCCCUCUUCUGGGAGCCAGACAUUGUUUCCCUUAGAAGGGACUGCCCUUAUGAGCCUGGGGAAGUCCACAGGCAUGUUGGCCACGAGCUCAGGUCCCCAGGGCACCUCGCCUCCAUCUCUGAGCAGUGCCCCCGCUGAAAGCCUGGCCACCGCGGAACAGACCACAGACACAGGGAGCAUCGCUCCAUCCUCGGACACAGCGCUCUCCCAUGUGGGGACCACCACUUCCAGACCUGGACACCACACCUCUCUCCUGGCGACCUUGCAGGCAAAGGAAAUCACGUCUGCACCGGGCACCUCCUCCACUAUGGGUGAGAAACCAGUUUCCACACUGAGCGCCGCUUUCCCCAGUACCAGGAGCCCUGAGACCUGGCCAGGGCCAGCUUCUGCCGUCAGCCCUAGACCGAGCCCAGCCAGCACACCCGAGGGGACCAGCACAGGCAUAUGGACAAGCACUGGCCCUUCUGAGAGCCCCACCGGUGCUUCCACUCAGGUCCACGGGACAGAAGGCAGCCCCUCCAGCGCCACAUCCACCACACAGCCUGCUGGGUCCAUGACACUACCAGACAUCUCCAUAGAAACCAUCACCGGGCCACGUACCUCUGCCAUCACACCAGGCCCAGUGGAAACGACCAUCACCAGCCCAACGGGUCCUGCCGGCUCCAGGUCACAGGCUAACCCAAACUUGCACACAACCAUCUCUGCCCUCGACAGAAACCCCUCAGCAGAGAGCCAGGCAUUGCCUCAAUCAGAAGGGGCUUCCCUCACGAGCAGGGUGCCCGGGGAGGUGUCAUGGACCACGCAUCCCUAUGAGCAGAAAACUAGCUCGGGCUCUUCCCUGCUGCCCUCUUUCCUUCCCACGUCCUCACGUCCUCCUGCCUCCUCCAUGACACUCAAGGCUGUUCCCUCCACCUCUCUGCCCCUGAUUUCUUCCCUCCUCACCCUAGGCCUGGGCAAGACCACAGGUGUGUUGGCCACGACCUCAGGUCCCCAGGGCACCUCACCUCUGUCUCUCAGCAGUGCCCCGAUUAACAGCCUGGCCACCGCCGGAGAUACCACAGACUCAGGGAGCAUCGCUCCGUCCUCGGACACAGCGGUCACCCAUGUGGGGACCACCCCUUCCGGUCCUGGACACCACACCUCUGUCCUGGCUACCUGGCAGGCAACGGAAAUUACGUCUGCAACGGGCACCGCCUCGACCAUGGGGGAGGAACCUAUUUCCACACCGACCGCCACCUUCUCCAUAAUUGGGAGCACUCAGACCGGGCCAGGGCCAGCUUUCACCAUCAGCCCUGAAUGGAGCCCGGGCAGCACCGAGGAGGACAAAAGCCCAGGCUCAGGGACAAGCACUGGCCUUUCUGAGAGGGUCACUGGUGCUACCACUCAGGUCUCAGGGUCAGAAAGCAGUUUCUCCAACACCACAUCCACCCCACAGCCUGCUGGCUCCACGGCGCCACCUGACAUCUCCACAGAAACCAUCACCGGGCCAGGUACCUCCGCCAUCCCGCCUGGCCCAGAGGAAGCGACCAUCACCAGCCCAAUGAGUCCUCCCGGGUCAACGUCACUGGCUACCCCGACCUUGGACACAACAACCACGUCCGCCCUGGACGAGGGCUCCUCAGCUGGGAGCCAGGCAUUUCCUCACUCAGAAGUGGCCUCCCUCAAGAGCAGGGCGCCCGGAAAGGUGUCAGGGACCACACAUCCCUACGGGCAGGAAACCACCUCUGUCUCUUCCCUGAUCCACUCUUUCCCUCCCACAUCCUCACCUGCUCCUGCCUCCUCCAUGUCACCCGAGGCUGUUCCCUCCACCUCUCUGCCCCUGACUUCUUCCCUCCUCACCCCAGGCCAGGGGAAGACCACAGGUGUGUUGGCCACGAACUCAGGUACCCAGGGCACCUCGCCUCCGUCUCUGAGCAGUGCCCCCGCUGACAGCCUGGCCACCGCUGGACAGACCACAGACACAGGGAGCAUUGCUCCGUCCUCGGACACAGCGGUCACCCAUGUGGGUACCACCAAUUCCGGUCCUGGACACCACAUCUCUGUCCUGGCUACUGUGCAGGCAAUGGAAAUCACGUCUCCACCGAGCACCUCCUCCACGAUGGGGGAGAAACCUGUUUCCACACCAACCAACGCAUUCUUCAGUACCAGGAGCCUUGAGACCCGGCCAAGGCCAGCUUCCACCAUUAGCCUUGGAUGGAGCCCGGCCAGCACCCACGAGGACACAAUCCCAAGCUUAGGGACAAGCACUGGCCUUUCUCAGGGGCCCACCGGUGCUACCACUCAGGUUUCCGGGACGGUAGGCAGCUCCUCGAGCGACACAUCCACCCCACAGGCUGCUGCGUCCACGGCACCACCAGACAUCUCCACAGGAACCAUCACCAGGCCACAUACCUCUGCCAUCAUGCCUGCCUCAGCGGAAGCGACCAUCACCAGCUCAACAGGUCCUGCCGGCUCCACGUCACAGGCUAUCCCAAACUUGGACACAACAACCACCUCUGCCCUGGACGGAAGCCCCUCAGCAGAGAGCCAGGCAUUGCCUCAAUCAGAAGGGGCUUCCCUCCCGAGCAGGGUGCCCAGUGAGGUGUCAUGGACCAUGCAUCCCUACGGGCAGGAAACCAGCUCUGUCUCUUUCCAGCUGCCCUCUAUCCCUCCAACGUCUUCACCUGUUCCUGCCUCCUCCAUGUCACCCGAGGCUGUUCCCUCCACCUCUCUGCCCCUGACUUCUUCCCUCCUCACUCUAGUCCUGGGGAAGACCACAGGCGUGUUGGCCCUGAGCUCAGGUACCCAGGGCACCUCGACUCCGUCUCUGAGCAGUGCCCCCGCUGACAGCCUGGAAACCGCCGGACAGACCACAGACACAGGGACCAUCGCUCCAUCCUCGGACACAGCGGUCACCCAUGUGGGGACCACCACUUCCAGACGUGAAUACGAGACCUCUCUCCCAGCUAACUUGCAGGCAACGGAAAUCACGUCUGCACCGGGCACGUCCUCCACCAUGGGGGAGGAACUUGCUUCCACACCGACCACCGCCUUCCCCACGACUGGCAGACCUGAGACCCGUCCACGCCAAGCUUCUGCCAUCAGCACUGCAUGGAGCCUGGUCAGCACCGCCAAGGACACAAGCCCAGGCACAGGUACAGGCACUGGCCUUUCUGAGGGGCCCACCAGUGCUGCCACUCAGGUCUCCGGGAGAGAAGGCAGCUCCUCCAGCGCCACAUCCACCCCACAGCCUGCUGGGUCCACAGCGCCACCAGACAUCUCCACAGAAACCAUCACCUGGCCCCGUACCUCCAUCUUCACGCCUGCAUCAGCGGAAGCGACCAUCAUGAGCCCAAGGAGUCCUGCUGGCUCCACGUCACACGCUAGCCCGACCUUGGACACAAUGACGACCUCCACCUGGGAUGGAAACCCCUCUGCUGGGAGCCAGGCAUUGCUUCCCUCCGAAGGGAGUGCCCUCACAAAUAGGAGGCCCGGGACUGUGUCAUGGACCACGCAUCCCUCCAGACAUGAAACCAGCUCUGUCUCUUCCUUGCUUUCCUCUUUCCCAAACACAUCCUCACCUACUCUUGCUUCCUCCAUGUCUCCAGAGGCUGUUCCCUCCACCUCUCUUCCCCUGACUUCUUCCCUCCUCACCCCAGGCCUGGGGAAGACCACAAGUGUGUUGGCCACAAGCUCAGGUCCCCAGGGCACCUCGCCUACACAUCUGAGAAGUGCCCCCGCCUACAGCCUGGCCACUGGCAGAGAUACCACAGACACAGGGAGCAUCGCUCCAUCCUCGGACACAGUGGUCACCCAUGUGGGGACCACCACUUCCAGACCUGGGCACCACACCUUUCUCCCAGCUACCUUGCAGGCAACGGAAAUCAUGUCUGCAGGGGGCACGUCCUACAUGAUGGGGGAGGAACCUGUUUCCACAAAGACGGCUGCCUUCCCAACGACUAGCAGCGCUGACACCUGGCCAGGGUCAGCUUCCACGCUCAGCCCUGGACCAAGCCCAGCCAGCACCCCCGAGGGGACCAGCCCAGGCUCAGGGACAAGCACUGGACUUUCUGAGGGGCCCACCAGUGCUGCCACUCAGGUCUCUGGGACAGAAGGCAGCUCCUCCAGUGCCACAUCCACCCUACAGCCUGCUGGGUCCACAGGGCCACCAGACAUCUCCACAGAAACCAUCACCGGGCCACGUACCUCCGCCAUCACACCUGCCUCAGCGGAACAGACCAUCACCAGCCCAACAGGUCCCGCUGGUUCCACGUCACAUGCUAGACCGACCUUGGACACAACGACCACCUCGGACUGGGUUAGAAGCCCCUCUGCUGGGAGCCAGGCAUUGGUUCCCUCAGAAGGGACCGCCCUUAUGAGCAGGAGGCCCGGGAAGGUGUCAUGGACCACACAUCCCUCCAGGCAGGAAACCAGCUCUGUCUCUUCCCAGCUGCCCUCUUUCCCACCCAGGUCCUCACCUGCUCCUGCCUCCUCCAUGUCACCCGGGGCUGUUCCCUCCACCUCUCUGCCCCUGACUUCAUCCCUCCUCACCCCAGGCCUGAAGAAGUCCACAGGCGUGUUGGCCACGAGCUCAGGUCCCCAGGGCACCUCUCCUCCGUCUCUCAGCAGUGCCCCGGCUGACAGCCUGGCCACCGCCGGACAGAUCACAGACACAAGGAGCAUCGCUCCAUCCUCGGACACAGCGGUCACCCAUGUGGGGACCACCACUUCCAGACCUGGACACCACACCUCUCUCCUGGUGACCCUGCAGGCAACGGAAAUCACGUCUGCACCAGGCACCACCUCCACUAUGUGGGAGAAACCUGUUUCCACACUGACCGCCGCUUUCCCCAGUACCAGGAGCCCUGAGACCCGGCCAGGGCCAGCUUCUGCCAUCAGCCCUAGACUGAGCCCAGCCAGCACACCCGAGGGGACCAGCCCAGGGUCACGGACAAGCACUGGCCGUUCUGAGAGCCCCACUGGUGCUGCCAUUCAGGUCUACGGGACAGAAGGCAGCCCCUCCAGCGCCACAUACACCACACAGCCUGCUGGGUCCAUGGCACCACCAGAUGUCUCCAUAGAAACCAUCACCGGGCCAGGUACCUCUGCCAUCACACCUGGCACAGCAGAAACGAUCAUCACCAGCCCAACGGGUCCUGCCGGCUCCAGGUCACAGGCUAACCCAAACUUGCACACAACAACCAUCUCCACCCUGAACGGAAGCCCCUCAGCAGAGAGCCAGGCAUUGCCUGAAUCAGAAGGGGCUUCCCUUACAAGCAGGGUGCCGAGGGAGGUGACAUGGACCACGCAUCCCUAUGGGCAGGAAACUAGCUCGGUGUCUUCCCUGCUGCUCUCUUUCCUUCCCACGUCCUCACGUCCUCCUGCCUCCUCCAUGACACUCGAGCUGGUUCCCUCCACCUCUCUGCCCCUGACUUCCUACCCCCUCACCCCAGGCCUGGGGAAGAUGACAGGUGUGUUGGCCAGGACCUCAGGUCCCCAGGGAACCUCGCCUCCUUCUCUGAGCAGUGCCCUGCCUGACAGCCUGGCCACCGCCGAACAGACCACAGACACAGGGAGCAUCGCUCCGUCCUCCGACACAGUGGUCACCCAUGUGGGGACCACCCCUUCAGGUCCUGGACUCCACACCUCUGUCCUGGCUACCUUGCAGGCAACGGAAAUUACGUCUGCACCGGGCACCGCCUCCAACAUGGGGGAAGAACCUAUUUCCACACCGACCGCCACCUUCCCCAUAAUUGGGAGCACUCAGACCCAGCCAGGGCCAGCUUUUGCCAUCAGCCCUGCAUGGAGCCCGGGCAGCACCCAGGAGGACAAAAGCCCAGGCUCAGGGACAAGCACUGGCCUUUCUCAGGGGCUCACUGGUGCUACCACUCAAGUCUCCGGGACAGAAAGCAGUUCCUCCAACACCACAUCCACCCCACAGCCUGCUGGGUCCACGGCGCCACCAGACAUCUCCACAGAAACCAUCACUGGGCCAGGUACCUCCGCCAUCCCGACUGGCCCAGCGGAAGCGACCAUCACCAGCCCAAUGAGUCCUCCCAGCUCGACGUCACUGGCUACCCGGACCUUGGACACAACAACCACGUCCGCCCUGCACAGGGUCCCCUCAGCUGGGAGCCAGGCAUUUCCUCACUCAGAAGUGGCCUCCCUCAUUAGCAGGGCACCCGGAAAGGUGUCAGGGGCCACACAUCCCUAUGGGCAGGAAACCACCUCUGUCUCUUCCCUGCUGCCCUCUUUCCCUCCCACAUCCUCACCUACUCCUGCCUCCUCCAUGUCACCCGAGGCUGUUCCCUCCACCUCUCUGCCCCUGACUUCUUCCCUCCUCACCCCAGGCCAGGGGAAGACCACAGGUGUGUUGGCCACGAACUCAGGUACCCAGGGCACCUCGCCUCCGUCUCUGAGCAGUGCCCCCACUGACAGCCUGGCCACCGACGGACAGACCACAGACACAGGGAACAUGCCUCCGUCCUCGGACACAGCGGUCACCCAUGUGGGGACCACCAAUUCUGGUCCUGGACACCACACCUCUGUCCUGGCUACCUUGCAGGCAACGGAAAUCACGUCUCCACUGGGCACGUCCUCCACAAUGGAGCAGGACCCUGUUUCCACAUUGACCGCCGCCUUUCCCAUGACCGGGAGUGCUCAGACCCGGCCAGGGACAGCUUGUGCCGUCACCCCUGGACCAAGCCCAGCCAGCACAACCGAGGGGACUAGCACAGGUUCAGGGACAAGCACUGGACUUCCUAAAUGGGCCACCGGUGCUGCCAAUCAGGUCUCGGAGACACAAGGAAGCUCCUCCAGCACCACAUCCACCCCACAGACUGCUGGGUCCACGGUGCCACCAGACAUCUCCACAGAAGCCAUCACCGGGCCACAUACCUCCACCAUCACGCCUGCCUCAGCAGAAGCGACCAUCACCAGUCCGACAGGUCCUGCCGGCUCCACGUCACAGGCUAACCCAAACUUGGACACACCGACCACCUCUGCCCUGGACGAGGGCGCCUCAGCUGGGAGCCUGGCAUUUCCUAACUCAGAAGUGGCCUCCCUCACCAGCAGGGCUCCCGGGAAGGUGUCAUGGACCACGCAUCCCUCCAGGCAGGAAACCAGCUCUGUCUCUUCCCUGCUGCCCUCUUUCAUUCCCACGUCCUUACCUCCUCUUGGCUCCUCCAUGUCCCCUGAGGCUGUUCCCUCCACCUCUCUGCCCCUGACUUUUACCCUCCUCACCCCAGUCCUGGGCAAGACCACAGGUGUGUUGGCCUCGAGCUCAGGACCCCAGGGCACCUCGCCUUCGUCUCUGAGCAGUGUCCCGGCUGACAGCCUGGCCACCGCUGGACAGACCACAGACACAGGGAGCAUCGCUCCGUCCUCGGACACAGCGGUCACCCAUGUGGGGUCCACCCCUUCCGGUCCUGGACACCACACCUCUGUCCUGGCUACCAUGCAGGCAACGGAAAUCACGUCUGCACCCGGCACCUCCUCCACGAUGGGGGAGAAACCUGUUUCCACACCAACCAACGCAUUCCCCAGUACCAGGAGCCUUGAGACCCGGCCAGGGCCAGCUUCCGCCAUUAGUCUUGGUUGGAGCCCGGCCAGCACCCAUGAGGACACAAUCCCAAGCUCAGGGACAAGCACUGGCCUUUCUCAGGUGCCCACCAGUGCUACCACUCAGGUUUCCGGGACAGUAGACAGCUCCUCCAGUGCCACAUCCACCCCACAGGCUGCUGCGUCCACGGCACCACCAGACAUCUACAUAGAAACCAUCACUGGGCCACGUAACUCUGCUAUCAAGUCCGGCUCAGCGGAAGCGACCAUCACCAGCCCAACAGGUCCUGCUGGCUCCACGUCACAGGUUAUCCCAAACUUGGACACAACAACCACCUCCGCCCUGGAUGGAAGCCCCUCAGCAGAGAGCCAGGCAUUGCCUCAAUCAGAAGGGGCUUCCCUCACGAGCACGGUGCCCGGUGAGGUGUCAUGGACCACGCAUCCCUACGGGCAGCAAACCAGCUCUGUCUCUUCCCUGGUGCCCUCAUUCUCUCCAACGUCUUCACCUGUUCCUGCCUCCUCCAUGUCACCCGAGGCUGUUCCCUCCACCUCUCUGCCCCUGACUUCUUCCCUCCUCACCCCUGGCCUGGGGAAGACCACAGGUGUAUUGGCCACGAACUCAGGUCCCCAGGGCACCUCGCCUCCGUCUCUGAGCAGUGCCCCAGCUGACAGCCUGGCCACCGCCGGACAGACCACAGACACAGGGAGCAUCACUACAUCCUCGGACACAGCAGUCACCCAAGUGGGGACCACAACUUCCGGUCCUGGACACCACACCUCUGUCCUGGCUACCUUGCAGGCAACGGAAAUCAAGUCUGCAUGGGACACAUCCUCCACCAUGGGGGAGGAACCUGUUUCCACACCGACCGACACCUUCCCCACAACUUUGAGUGCUGAGACCCGGCCAGGGCCAGCUUCCGCCAUGAGCCUUGGGUGGAGCUUGGCCAGCACCAAGGAGGAUAAAAGCCCAGGCUCAGGGACAAGCACUGGCCUUUCUCAGGGGCCCACCGGUGCUGCCACUCAGGUCUCCGGGACAAAACGCAGCUCCUCUAGCACCCCAUCCACCCAACAGCCUGCAGGAUCCACAGCACCACCAGACAUCUCCACAGCAACUAUCACCAGGCCACAUACCUCCGCCAUCACACCUGCCUCAGCAGAAGCGACCAUCACCAGCCCAGCAGGUCCCGCCGGUUCCACGUCAUACGCUAGACGGACCUUGGACACAACGACCACGUCCGCCUGGGACGGAAGCCCCUCUGCUGGGAGCCAGGCAUUGCUUCCCUCAGAAGGGACUGCCCUCACGAGCAGGAGGCCUGGGAAGGUGUCAUGGACCACGCAUCCCUCCAGGCAGGAAACCAGUUCUGUCUCUUCCCUGCUACCCUCUUUCCCUCAGACGUCCUCACCUGCUCCUGCCUCCUCCAUGUCACCCAAGGCUGUUUCCUCCACCUCUCUGCCCCUGACUUCCUACCCCCUCACUCCAGGCCUGGGGAAGAUGACAGGUGUGUUGGCCACGAGCUCAGGUCCCCAGGGAACCCCGCCUCCGUCUCUCAGCAGUGCCCCGCCUGACAUCCUAGCCACCGCCGGACAGACCACAGACACAGGGAGCAUCGCUCCGUCCUCGGACACAGUGGUCACCCAUGUGGGGACCACCACUUCCAGACCUGGACACCUCACCUCUCUCCCAGCUGAAUUGCAGGCAACGAAAAUCACGUCUGCACAGGGCACCACCUUCACCAUGAGGGAGGAACCUGAUUCCACACUGACCGCCGCCUUCCCCACGACUGGCAGACCUGACACCCGGCCACACCCAGCUUCUGCCAUCAGCCCUGCAUGGAGUCCGGUCAGCAACGCCGAGGACACAAGCCCAGGCACUGGGACAGGUACUGGCCUUUCUGAGGGGCCCACCAGUGCUGCCACUCAGGUCUCUGGGAAAGAAGGCAGCUCCUCCAGCGCCACAUCCACCCCACAGCCUGCUGGGUCCACAGCACACCAAGACAUAUCCACAGAAACCAUCACCUGGCCCCGUACCUCCGUCUUCACGCCUGCAUCAGCGGAAGCGACCAUCACGAGCCCAAGGAGUCCUGCCGGCUCCACAUCACACGCUAGCCCGACCUUGGACACAAUGACGACCUCCACCUGGGACGGAAACCCCUCUGCUGGGAGCCAGGCAUUGCUUCCCUCCGAAGGGACUGCCCUCACAAAUAGGGGGCCCAGGACUGUGUCAUGGACCACGCAUCCCUCCAGACAUGAAACCAGCUCUGUCUCUUCCUUGCUUUCCUCUUUCCCAACCACAUCCUCACCUGCUCCUGCUUCCUCCAUGUCACCCGAGGCUGUUCCCUCCACCUCUCUGCCCCUGACUUCUUCCCUCCUCACCCCAGGCCUGGGGAAGACCACAAGUGUGUUGGCCACGAGCUCAGGUACCCAGGGCACCUCGUCUCCAUCUCUGAGCAGUGCCCCCACUGACAGCCUGGCCACCGCCGGACAGACCACAGACACAGGGAGCAUCGCUCUGUCCUCGGACAGAGCGGUCACCCAUGUGGGGACCACCACCUCGGAACCUGGACACCACACCUCUGUCCUGGCUACCUUGCAGGCAACGGAAAAAACGUCUACACCGGGCACCUCCUCCACGAUGGGGGAUGAACCUGUUUCCACAACGACCACCGCCUUCCCCACAACUGGGAGCGCUGACACCUGGCCAGGGCCAGCUUCCACCCUCAGCCCUGGAACAAGCCCAGGCAGCACCCUCGAGGGGACCAGCCCAGGCUCAGGGACAAGCACUGGACUUUCUAAGGGGCCCACCGGUGCUUCCACGCAGGUCUCUGGGACAAAAGGCAGCUCCUCCAGCGCCACAUCCACCCCGCAGCCUGCUUGGUCCACAGGGCCGCAAGACAUCUCCACAGAAACCAUCACCGGGCCACAUACCUCCGCGAUCUCGCCUGCCUCAGCGGAACAGACCAUCACCAGCCCAACAGGUCCCGCUGGUUCCACGUCACACGCUAGACUGAUCUUGGACACAACCACCACCUCGGACUGGGAUGGAAGCCCCUCUGCUGGGAGCCAGGCAUUGCUUCCCUCAGAAGGGACCGCCCUUACGAGCAGGAGGCCCGGGAAGGUGUCAUGGACCACACAUCCCUCCAGGCAGGAAAUCAGCUCUGUCUCUUCCCAGCUGCCCUCUUUCCCACCCAGGUCCUCACCUGCUCCUGCUUCCUCCAUGUCACCCGGGGCUGUUCCCUCAACCUCUCUGCCCCUGACUUCUUCCCUCCUCACCCCAGGCCUGGGGAAGUCCACAGGCGUUUUGGCCACGAGCUCAGGUCCCCAGGGCACCUCGCCUCCGUCUCUGAGCAGUGCCCUGUCUGACAGCCUGGCCACCGCUGGACGGACCACAGACACAGGGAGCGUCGCUCCGUCCUCGGACACAGCGGUCACCCAUGUGUGGACCACCACUUCUGGGCCUGAACAACACACCUCUGUCCUGGCUACCUUGCAGGCAUCGGAAAUCACGUCUGCACCGGGCACCUCCUCUACCAUGGAGGAGGAACCUGUUUCCACACCAAUUGCCGCCUUUCCCAUGACCGGGAGCGCUCAGACCCAGCCAGGUCCGGCUUCCACCGUCAGCCCUGGACCAAGCCCAGCCAGCACACCCGAGGGGACCAGCACAGGUUCAGGGACAAGCACUGGACUUUCUACAGGGCCCACUGGUACUGCCACUCAGGUCUCCGAGACACAAGGAAUGUCCUUCAGCACCACAUCCACCCCACAGCCUGCUGGGUCCACAGUGCCACCAGACAUCUCGACAGAAUCCAUCAGCGGGCCACAUACCCCUGCCAUCACGCCUGCCUCUGUGGAAGCGACCAUCACCAGCCCGACAGGUCUUGACGAAUUCACGUCACACGCUAGCCCAACCUUGGACACAACGACCACGUCCGCCCAGGUCGGAAUCCCCUCUGCUGGGAGCCAGACAUUGCUUCCCUCAGAAGGGACCACUCUUACGAGCAGGAGGCCAGGGAAGGUUUCAGGGACCACGCAUCCCUCCAGGCAGGAAACCAGCUCUGUCUCUUCCCUGCUGCCCUCUUUCCCACCCAGGUCCUUACCUGCUCCUGCCUCUUCCAUGUCACCCGAGGCUGUUCCCUCCACCUCUCUGCCCCUGACUUCUUCCCUUAUCACCACAGGCCUGGGGAAGUCCACAGGUGUGUUGGCCACGAGCUCAAGUCCCCAGGGCACCUCGCCUCCGUCUCUGAGCAGUGCCCCAGCUGACAGCCUGGCCACCGCCACACAGACCACAGACACAGGGAGCAUCGCUCCAUCCUCGGACACAGCGGUCACCCAUGUGGGGACCACCACUUCCGGAGCUGGACACCACACCUCUCUCCUGGCUGCCUUGCAGGCAACGGAAAUCACAUCUGCUCAGGGCACUGCCUCCACUAUGAGAGAGGAACCGGUUUCCACAACGACCACUGCCUUCCCGACGACUGGGAUCGCUGAAACCUGGCCAGGGCCGGCUUCCACCCUCAGCCCUGGAACAAGCCCAACCAGCACCCUCGAGGGGACCACCCCAGGCUCAGGGACAAGCACUGGACUUUCUAAGGGGCCCACCGGUGCUUCCACUCAGGUCUCUGGGACAGAAGGCAGCUCCUCCAGGGCCACAUCCACCCCACAGCCUGCUGGGUCCACAGGACCACCAGACAUCUCCACAGAAACCAUCACUGGGCCAAGUACCUCUGCCAUCACGCCUGCCUCAGCGGAACAGACCAUCACCAGCCCAACAGGUCCCGCUGGUUCCACGUCACACGCUAGACCGACCUUGGACACAACGACCACCUCGCACUGGGAUGGAAGCCCCUCGGCUGGGAGCCAUGCGUUGGUUCCCUCAGAAGGGACCGCACUUAGGAGCCUUUGGAAGUCCACAGGCGUGUUGGUCACGAGCUCAGGUCACCAGGGCACCUCGCCUCCGUCUCUGAGCAGUGCCCCGCCUGACAGCCUGGCCACCGCCAGACAGACCACAGACACAGGGAGCAUCACUCUAUCCUCGGACACAACGGUCACCCAUGUGGGGACCACCACUUCCAGACCUGGACACCACACCUCUCUCCUGGCGACCUUGCAGGCAAAGGAAAUCACGUCUGCACCGGGCACCACCUCCACUAUGUGGAAGAAACCUGUUUCCACACUGAGCGCCGCUUUACCCAGGACCAGGAUCCCUGAGACCCGGCCAGGGCCAGAUUCCGCCAUCAGCCCUGGACCAAGCCCAGCCAGCACACCCGAGGGGACCAGCCCAGCCUCACGGACAAGCACUGGCCCUUCUGAGAGCCCCACCAGUGCUGCCACUCAGGUCUACGGGACAGAAGGCAGCCCCUCCAGCACCACAUACACCAGACAGCCUGCUGGGUCCAUGGCACCACCAGACAUAUCCACAGAAACCAUCACCAGGACACGUCCCUCCGCCAUCACACCUGGCUCAGGAGAAACGACCAUCACCAGACCAAUGGGUCCUGCCGGCUCGACGUCACAGGCUAACCCAAACUUGCACACAACAACCACCUCCGCCCUGGACGUAAGCUCCUCAGCAGAGAGCCAGGCAUUGCCUCAAUCAGAAGGGGCUUCCCUCACGAGCAGGGUGCCCGGGGAGGUGUCAUGGACCGCGCAUCCCUAUGGGAAGGAAACUAGCUCGGUGUCUUCCCUGCUGCCCUCUUUCCUUCCCACGUCCUCACGUCCUCCUGCCUCCUCCAUGACACCCGAGGCUGUUCCCUCCACCUCUUUGCCCCUGACCUCUUCCCUCCUCACCCCAGGCCUGUGGAAGACCACAGGUGUGUUGGCCACGAGCUCAGCUGACCAAGCCACCUUGCCUCCGUCUCUGAGCAGCGCCCCGGCUGACAGCCUGGCCACCGCCGGACAGACCACAGACACAGGCAGCAUCGCUCCAUCCUCGGACACAGCAGUCACCCAUGUGGGGACCAGCACUUCCAGACCUGGGCACCACACCUUUCUCCCAGCUACCUUGCAGGCAACGGAAAUCACGUCUGCGGGGGGCACGUACUCCAUGAUGGGGGAGGAACCUGUUUCCACAAUGACGGCCGCCUUCCCCACGACUGGGAGCGCUGACACCUGGCCAGGGCCAGCUUCCACCAUCAGCCCUGGACCAAGCCCAGCCAGCACCCCCGAGGGGACCAGCCCAGGCUCAAGGAGAAGCACUGGACUUUCUGAGGGGCCCACCAGUGCUGCCACUCAGGUCUCCGGGACAGAAGGCAGCUCCUCCAGCGCCACAUCCACCCCACAGCCUGCUGGGUCAACAGGGCGACUAGACAUCUCCACAGAAACCAUUACCGGGCCUCGUACCUCCCCCUUCACGCCUGCAUCAGCGGAAGCGACCAUCACCAGCCCAACAGGUCCUGCUGGUUCCAUAUCACACGCUAGCCUGACCUUGGACACAAUGACGAGGUCCGCCUGGGACGGAAGCCCCUCUGCUGGGAGCCAGGCAUUGCUUCCCUCAGAACGGACCACCCUUACGAGCAGGAGGCCCGGGAAGGUGUCAUGGACCACACAUCCCUCCAGGGAGAAAGCCAGCUCUGUCUCUUCCCAGAUGCCCUCUUUCCCUCCCACGUCCUCACCUGCUCCUGCCUCCUCCAUGUCACCCGAGGCUGUUCCCUCCACCCCUCUGACUUCUUCCCUCCUCACCCCAGUCCUGGGGAAGACCACAGGUGUGUUGGCCACGAGCUCAGGUCCCCAGGGCACCUCGCCUCCGUCUCUGAGCUGUGCCCCGGCUGACAGCCUGGCCACCGCCGGACAGACCACAGACACAGGGAGCAUCGCUCCGUCCUCGGACACAGCGGUCACCCAUGUGUGGACCACCACUUCCAGACCUGAACACCACACCUCUCUCCUGGCUACCUUGCAAGCAACGGAAAUCACAUCUACACCGGGCACCGCCUCCACCAUGAGGGAGGAACAUGAUUCCACACCCACCUCCGCCUUCCCCAGUACCAGGAGCCCUGAGACGCGGCCAGGGCCAGCUUCCGCCGACAGCCCUGGACCGAGUCCACCCAGCACACCUGAGGGGACCAGCCCAGGCUCAUGGGCAAGCACUGGCCCUUCUGAGAGCCCCACCGGUGCUGCCACUCAGGUCUAUGGGACAGAAGGCAGCCCCUCCAGUGCCACAUCCACCCCACAGACUGCUGGGUCCACGGUGCCACCAGACAUCUCCACAGAAACCAUCACCGGGACACAUACCUCCACCAUGAUGCCUCCCUCAGCAGAAGCGACCAUCACCAGCCCGACAGGUCCUGCCGGCUCCACGUCACAGGGUAACCCAAACUUGGACACAACGACCACCUCUGCCCUGGACGAGGGCGCCUCAGCUGGGAGCCUAGCAUUUCCUCACUCAGAAGUGGCCUCCCUCACGAGCAGGGCUCCUGGGAAGGUGUCAUGGACCACGCAUCCCUCCAGGCAGGAAACCAGCUCUGUCUCUUCCCUGCUGCCCUCUUUCCUUCCCACGUCCUUACCUCCUCCUGCCUCCUCCAUGUCACCUGAGGCUGUUCCCUCCACCUCUCUGCCCCUGACUUCUUCCCUCCUCAUCCCAGACCUGGGCAAGACCACAGGUGUGUUGGCCUCGAGCUCAGGUCCCCAGGGCACCUCGCCUCCGUCUCUGAGCAGUGCCCCGGCUGACAGUCUGGCCACCGCCGGACAGACCACAAACACAGGGAGCAUCGCUCCGUCCUUGGACACAGCGGUCACCCAUGUGGGGACCACCACUUUCAGACCUGGGCACCACACCUUUCUCCCGGCUAUCUUGCAGGCAACGGAAAUCACGUCUGCAGCGGGCACGUCCUCCACCAUAGGGGAUGAACCUGUUUCCACACCAACCACCGCCUUCCCCUUCACCGAGAGCGCUCAGACCCGGCCAGGGCCAGCCUACGCCAUCAGCCCUGGACUGAACGCAGCCGCCACCCCCGAAGGGACCAGCCCAGGCUCAGGGACAAGCACUGGACUUUCUGAAGGGCCCACCCGUGCUGCCACUCAGGUCUCUGGGACAGAAGGCAGCUCCUCCAGGGCCACAUCCACCCCACAGCCUGCUGGGUCAACAGGGCGACUAGACAUCUCCACAGAAACCAUCACCGGGCCUCGUACCUCCCCCUUCACGCCUGCCUCAGCGGAACAGACCAUCACCAGCCCAACAGGUCCUGCCGGUUCCACGUCACCGGCUAGCCCGACCUUGGGCACAACGACCACCUCGUCCUGGGACGGAAGCCCCUCACCUCAGAGCCAGGCAUUGGUUCCCUCAGAAGGGACCUCCCUUACGAGCAGGAGGCCUGGGAAGGUGUCAUGGACCACGCAUCCCUCCAGGCAGGAAACCAGCUCUGUCUCUUCCCUGCUGUCCUAUUUCCCACCCAGGUCCUCACCUGCUUCUGCCUCCUCCAUGUCACCCGGGGCUGUUCCCUCCACCUCUCUGCCCCUGACUUCUUCCCUCCUCACCCCAGGCCUUGGGAAAUCCACAGGCAUGUUGGCCACGAGCUCAGGUCCCCAGGGCACCUCUCCUCCGUCUCUUAGCACUGCCCCGGCUGACAGCCUGGCCACCGCCGGACAGACCACAGAUACAGGGAGGAUCGCUCCAUCCUCGGACACAGCAGUCACCCAUGUGGAGACCACCACUUCCAGACCUGGACACCACACCUCUGUCCUGGCUGCCUUGCAGGCAUCGGAAAUCACUUCUGCAACAGAAAUCAGGUCUGUACCGGGCAUGUCCUCCACCAUGGAGGAGGAACCUGUUUCCACACUGACCGCCGCCUUCCCCAUGACCUGGAGCACUCAAACCCGGCCAGGGCCAGCUUCCGCCGUCAGCCCUGGACCGAGCCCAGCCAGCACACCCAAGGGGACCAGCCCAGCCUCGCGGACAAGCACUGGCCCUUCUGAGAGCCCCACCAGUGCUGCCACUCAGGUCUAUGGGACAGAAGGCAGCCCCUCCAGUGCCACAUCCACCACACAGCCUGCUGGGUCCAUGGAACCACCAGACAUCUCCACAGAAACCAUCACCAGGACACGUCCCUCCACCAUCACACCUGGCUCAGCGGAAGUGACCAUCACCAGCCCAAUGGGUCCUGCCAGCUCCACGUCACAGGCUAACCCUAACUUGGACACAACAACCACCUCCACCCUGGAUGGAAGCUCCUCAGCAGAGAGCCAGGCAUUGCCUCAAUCAGAAGGGGCUUCCCUCACGAGCAGGGUGCCCGGGGAGGUGUCAUGGACCACACAUCCCUAUGGGCAGGAAACUAGCUCGGUGUCUUCCCUGCUGCCCUCUUUCCUUCCCACGUUCUCACGUCCUCCUGCCUCCUCCAUGUCACCUGAGGCUGUUCCCUCCACCUCUCUGCCCCUGACUUCUUCCCUCCUCACCACAGGCCUGGGGAAGACCACAGGUGUGUUCGCAACGAGCUCAGGUCCUCAAGACACCUCACGUUCAUUUUUCAGGAGCACCAAGUUUGAAUUACCUUCCACCUCCGUAAUCACCAUAUAUUUGAAGACUUCUCUUGCUUCUUCAAAUACAGCAGCACCCAAGAUGAGCUCCUCUGUUUCUGCUUACGAUUCUCAUUCUUCUGUAUCAGCUUCCUCUGAGACAACCAGACCAACCUUUCCCAAGGAUAUCACCUUCCCUUUGGAGAAGGAACAUAUUUCAUCAUCAAAUCCUGCCUUUUCUGAGACUGAGAGCAUCCUCACAGCGACUCCUUCCUCACCGACCAUUGGAUUUAAGGAUACAACAAUGCCUGCCUAUUUUAAGACCACAGAGAGUGUUGAGUUGGGAAUGCUGACACAUGCUUAUCAAGUUCCUCUACUUUCAACACUGGUGACAAGAACUGAUGACAUGAUGGAGCACAUCACAAAGAUACCCAAUGGAGCACCGCAUGAAGGCACCGAAGGACCAGUCAAGGGGCCUCUGGUGUCCACAUCACCUGCUAGUCCCAGAGGUACACACACAGGAGGGACAGAAAGAGCAGAGACCACUGCCGCAGCUCUGAAGACCACCUCCACAGUCGCAGUGACCACCAGAGUCUAUACUGCCACUUCAGGAACACUGACUCCCGUCAAGACAUCAGCACAAGUGGCCACCACAAGCACAGCAGGAAUGAUGAUCACAACCCCAGAUGUUUCCCCUGAUGUUUCAGAGAUGACAUCCUUAGUGGCCACCAGACUUGGAGCAGAGACCACCACAGCUGCUCCCAGUAUAAUCCCAUCUGCUUUCAAUAGAGAACCGGAGCCCACAGCUUCACCUGUGCCCAGUUCUGGGGCAGAGACCAGUCCAACUGUUCCAACUGUUGCCUCUGGUGAGCUGGAUACAACAGCCUUGUGGAUGACCCACCCGGCAGAGACCACCUCAAUUGCUUCCAAGGCAACAUUAAAUGUUUUCCAUGGUGAAUCAUAUACCACUUCCUCAACAGCCACCACUUCUGGGGCAGAAGUCAGUUCAGUUGUUCCAAAGCCAACUGCCUCCCCCAGUAUACCAGAUACAGUGACCUCACUGACUACUAGUUCUAUGGCAAAGACAAGUAUGUUUAUUCCAACUCUGACAGAUUCUCCAGAUAAACCAGAGACCACAGCCUCAGGGGCUGCCCAUCCAGCAGAGAAAAGCCCAACUGCUCCCAGGACAAUCCCAAAUAUUUCCCAUAACGAGUCAGACACCACAACUUCAAUGGCCACCAGUCCAGGGGCAGAAGCCAUUUCAGCUGUUUCAACUACGACUAUCUCACCUGGUGUAGCAGACAUGGUAACCUCACAGGUCACUAGUUCUGUGACAGAUGCUGAUAUGGCUCUUCCAACUCUGACUCUUUCUCCCAGUGAACCAGAGACCACAGCCUCAUCGGUUACCCAUCUUGGGACACACACCAGUUCAGCCAUUCCAACUCUGACCACCUUGCCUGGUGUGCCAAGGCUGGUGACCUCACUGGUCACUAAUUCUGAGGCAGGAAUAAGUACAACUGUUCCAACUAUGACAGUCUCCUCAGGUCAACCGGAUACCACAGCUUCAUGGAUCACCCAUCCUGGGGCAGAAAUCAGUUCAACUGAUCCAACUCUGACUUUUUCCUUUGGUGAGCCAGAUACAACAGCCUCAUUGGUUCCUCAUCCUGCAGAGACUGACACAGCAGUGCCCAGGACAACUCCCAAUUUUUUCCAUAGCAAAUCAGAUGCCACACCUUCAACAUCCACCAGUAGUGGGACAGAAGUCAGUUCAGCUGUUCUAACUUCAACUGUUUCACUUGGGAUACCAGGGGCAGUGACCUCUCUGGUCACUAGCUCUAGAGCAGUGACCACCACAAGUAUUCCAACUCUGAGUCUUUCUCCUGGUGAACCAGAGACCAUAGCCUCACUGGUCACCCACCCUGAGGCACAAACAAAUUCAGCCAUUCCAAUUCUGACUGUCUCCCCUAGUGUACCAGGGCUAGUGACUUCACCCGUCACUAGUUCUGGGGAAGAGACCAGUACGUUUCCAACUCUGACUGCUGCCCCAGGCCAACUGGAGACCACAGCCUCAUGGGUCACUCAUCCUGGGAUGGAAGCCAGUUCUGUUGUGACUUCUUUGACUAUCUCCCCUGGUGAUCCAGAUACAUCAGUUUCAUUGGCUACCCAUCCUACAGAGAAUAGCCCAGUCGUUGCCAGGACAACUCAAAGUUUUUCCCAUAGUAAAUCAUACACCACACUUUCCACAGCCACCAGUCCAGGGGAAGAAUCCAGUUCAGCUAUUUCAACAACUAUUUCAGCUGGUACACCAGACAUGCCAACCUCACUAGUCACUAGUUCUGGGGCAGACACCAGUACAACUUUUCCAACACUAAUUGCGUCCCCACAUGAAUCAGAAACAAUGAUCUCAUGGGUUACUCAUCCUGAAAAGACCAGUCAAAUGGUCCCCAGGAUGAUCUCCCAUAGUGAAUCAGACAGCACAGUCUCAGUGGCCACCAGUCCUGGGGUAGAGACUGGUUCAGUUGUUCCAACAAUAACAAUAUCACCUGAUGUACCUUACAUGGUGACCUCACAGGUCACUAGUUCUGGGGCAGUGACAAGGAUUAUUCCAACUCUGACUGUUUCUCCUGGUGAACCAGAUUCCACAGCCUCAUUUGUUACCCAUCCUGGGACACAAACCAGUUCAGCCAUUCCAACUCUGGCUGUCUCCCCUGGUGUAUCAGAGAUGGUGACCUCACUGGUCACUGAUUCUGAGACAGACACAGGUACAUUUCCAACACUGACUGAGUCCCCACAUAAACCAGAGACAACAGCCUCAUGGGUCACUUACCCUGCAGAGACCAGCACAACAGUUUCCAGGACAACCCUCAGUUUUUCCCAGAGUGAAUCAGACACUGCACCCUCAAUGGUCACCAGUUCAACUGUUUCAACUGCAACUAUCUCACCUGGUGCAUCAGAUCUGGUGACUUCACAGGUCAUUACCUCUGGGAUUGAUACUAGUACAACUUUUCCAACAUGGACUGAGUCCCCGCAUGAACCAAGGACAACAACUUCAUGGGUCACUCAUCCUUCUGAGACCAGCACAACAGUUCCCAGGACAACCACUAAUUUUUCCUAUAGUGAAUCUGACACCAUACCCUCAAUGGCCACCAGUUCAACUGUCUCAACUAUGACUCUCUCACCUGGUGUACCAGAUAUGGUGACCUCACAGGUCACUAGUUCUGGGACAGACACCAAUAUGUCUCUUCCAACUCACACUCUUUCUCCUGGUAAACCAGAGACCACAGUCUCAUUGGAUACCUAUCCUGGGACACAGACCAGCUCUGCUGUUCCAACUCUGACCAUUUCCUUUGGUGAACCAGAUACAACAACCUCAUGGGUCACCCAUCCUGCACAGACCAGCACACCUGUUUCCAGAACACCCCCCAGUUUUCCCCAUAGUAAACCAGAUACCACACCUUUAACAGCCACCAGUCCUGAGGCAGAAGCCAGUUCAGCUGUGUUAACAAUGACUAUGUCACCUGGUGUACCAGACAUGGUGAACUCACAGGUCACUAGUUCUGGGACAGACACCAAUAUGUCUCUUCCAACUCACACUCUUUCUCCUGGUAAACCAGAGACCACAGCCUCAUUGGCUACUCAUCCUGGGACACAAACCAGUUCUGCUGUUCCAACUCCAACCGUUUCCUCUGAAGCCAGUUCCAUUGUGCUAACAAUGACUAUCUCACCUGGUGCAGUGACUAGUACAACUAUUCCAACUCUGACUCUUUCUCCUGGUGAACUGAAAACCACAACCUUAUUGGUAACCCACCUCAGUGCAGAAACAAGCACAAAAUUUCCUGCAUCAACUGUUUUUCCUCAUGUAUUGGAGACUGCAGCCUCAGUCUCUACCCAUGCUGGGACAGACACCAGCACAACUACUCCAACUGCAACUUUAUCCCCUGAUUUACCAGAGACCACAAGCUUAUUGGCUACCAGCCCUUUGGCAGAAACCAGUACAGAUAUUCCAACUCUGACGAUUUCCCCUGGUGUCCCUGGGCUUGCUGGUGCCCCUACGACAACUGGCAGGCCUAAUACUGUAACUUUUUGGAGCACAGAAACUUCACCACCCAUAACUUCAGUUGGAGUCCCAGAAUUUUCCAGGAUUGUCACAGGUACCACUAUGACCUCGAUACCAUCAGAAAUCCCAAUGCCAUCUAAAACCAGUCAUGGUGAAGGAGUUAGUACAACCAGUAUCCUGAAAACUACAGUGGUGGAGACCACUAAUUUAGCUGCCAGAAGUUCAAACCCCACCAUGGCUGAGACCACAACUUCCUUCAAUACACUGGCUGGAAGUCCCUUUGCCCCUCUGACCACACCUGGGAUGUCCACCUCGGCCUCUAAGAGCAUGACUUCAGAAACAACUGAAGCUCCUCUGUUGAUGCCUUUUACCCUCAACUUCACCAUCACCAACCUGCACUACAUGGAGGACAUGGGACAGCCAGGCUCUGAGAUAUUCAACACCACUGAGAGGACCCUGCAGCACCUGCUCAGGCCCUUGUUCCAGAACAGCAGCAUCAGCUCUAGCUACUCGGCCUGCAGACUGAUCAUGCUCAGAACUGAUAAGGACGGGGCAGCCACCAGAGUGGAUGCCUUCUGCACCUACCGCCCUGACCCUGUGAGCCCUGGGCUGGACAGAGAACAGUUGUACCAAGAACUGAACCAGCAGACCCACGGUGUCACCCAGCUGGGCCUCUACACCCUGGACAGAGACAGCUUGUAUGUCAAUGGUUAUAACCAUCGGUACCUACCACCUACCACCAGCAUGGAGGUCCCUUUCCUGGUGCCAUUCACCCUCAACUUCACCAUCACCAACCUGCAGUAUGAGGAGGACAUGGGGCGUCCGGGCUCCUGGAAGUUCAGCACCACGGAGAGCGUCCUGCAGGGUCUGCUCAAACCCUUGCUCAAGAAUAGCAGUCUAGGAAACCUUUAUUCAGGCUGCAGACUAGCCUCGCUCAGGUCUGAGAAGGAUGGGACAGCCACCAGAGUGGAUUCUAUCUGCACCUACCGCCCUGAUCCUGAAGGCUUCAGACUGAACAGAGAACAGCUGUCCUGGGAGCUGAGUGAGAUGACCCAUGGAAUCACGGAGCUGGGUCCCUACACCCUAGACAAGGACAGUCUCUAUGUAAAUGAAUUCACCCAUCAGAGAUCUGUGCCCAUCAGCAGCACACCUGGGACAUCCACAGUGAACAUGGAAAGCUCUGGGACUCCAUUCUCCCUCCCCAGCCCCACAGUCACUGAACCUCUCCUGGUGCUGUUAACCCUCAACUUCACUAUCCUGAACCUGAAGUAUGAGGAGGUCAUGCAUCAUCCUGGUUCCUUGAAGUUCAACACCACAGAGAGAGUCCUGCAGGGUCUGCUCAGGCCCUUGUUCCAGAAUACCAGUGUCAGCCCUGUGUACUCUGACUGCAGACUGACCUUGCUCAGGCCUGAGAAGGAUGGGGCAGCCACUGGAGUGGACGCCAUCUGCACCCUCCGCCCUGACCCCACAGGCCAUGGGCUGGACAGAGAGCAACUGUACUGGGAGCUGAGCCAGCUGACCCACCGCAUCACUGAGCUGGGUCCCUAUGCCCUGGACAAGGACAGUCUCUAUGUCAAUGGUUUCACCCACAGAAGCUCUCUGAACACCACCAGCACUCCUGGAACUUCCACAGUGGAUAUGGGAGCCUCUGUGAUGCCUUCCUCUCCCCCAAGCCCUAUGACCACUGGACCUCUCCUUAUGUCAUUCACCCUCAACUUCACUAUCAUGAACCUGAGGUAUGAGGAGGACAUGCUUCACCCAGGCUCCUGGAGGUUCAACACCACAGAGAGGGUCCUUCAGGGUCUGCUCAGACCCUUGUUCCAGAACACCAGUGUCAGCCCUCUGUACUCCACCUGCAGACUUACCUUACUCAGGCCAGAAAAGGACGGGGCAGCCACUGGAGUAGACACCAUCUGCACCCUCCGCCCUGACCCCACAGGCUAUGUGCUGGACAGAAAGCAGCUGUACUGGGAGCUGAGCCAGCUGACCCACAGCAUCACCAAGCUGGGUCCCUACACCCUGGACAAGGACAGUCUCUAUGUCAAUGGUUUCACCUAUAGGAGUUUUGUGCCCACCACCAGCACUCCUGGGACUUCCAUAGUGAACCUGGGAACUUCCAGGGCUCCAUCCUCCCUCCCGGGCCCCAUGACAGCUAAACCACACCUGAUACCAUUCACCCUCAACUUCACCAUCCUGAACCUGCAGUAUGAGGAAGUCAUGCAUCACCUUGGCUCUUGGAAGUUCAACACCACAGAGAGGGUCCUGCAGGGUCUGCUUGGGCCCUUGUUCAAGAACACAAGCCUUGGCCCUCUGUACUCCAGCUGUGGAUUGACCUUGCUUAGGCCAGAGAAGGACGGGGCAGCCACCAGAGUGGAUGCCAUUUGCACCCAGCACCCUGACUUCGUGGGCCCUGGACUGGACAGAGAGAGGCUGUACUGGGAGCUGAGCCAGCUGACCCAUGGCAUCACUAGGCUGGGCCCCUACACCCUGGACAGGGACAGUCUGUAUGUUAAUGGUUUCACCCACAGAAGCUCUCUGCAUAUCACCAGCACUCCUGGGAUGUCCACAGUGAACCUGGGAACCUCUGGAACUCUGCCUUCCCUCCCUGGCCCCACCACUGCUGGAUCUCUUCUGGUGCCAUUCACCCUCAACUUCACCAUCUUGAACCUGCAGUAUGAGGAGGUCAUGAGUCACCUGGGUUCCUGGAAGUUCAACACCACGGAGAGGGUCCUGCAGGGUCUGCUCAAGCCCUUGUUCCAGAACACUAGUGUUCGGCCUCUGUACUCUGGCUGCAGACUGACCUCACUCAGGCCCGAGAAGGAUGGGGCAGCCACUGGAGUGGACGCCAUCUGCAGCCACCGCCCUGACCCCACAGGCCAUGGGCUGGACAGAGAACAGCUGUACUGGGAGCUUAGCCAGCUGACCCACCGCAUCACUGAGCUGGGUCCCUACGCCCUGGAUAAGGACAGUCUCUAUGUCGAUGGUUUCACCCACAGGAGCUCUCUACACAUCACCAGCAGUCCUGGGACAUCCACUGUGAACAUUGAAAUCUCUGAGACCCCUUCCUCCUUCCCGGGCCCCAUGGCUACUGAACCUCCCCUCAUGCCAUUCACCCUGAACUUCACCAUACUGAACCUGCAGUAUGAGGAAGUCAUGUGUCACCCUGGAUCCUGGAAGUUCAACACCACGGAGAGGGUCCUGCAGGGUCUGCUCACACCCUUGUUCAAGAACACCAGUGUCCACCCUCUGUCUACCGACUGCAGACUGACCUUUCUUAGACCCAGGAAGGAUGGGGCAGCCACAGGAGUGGAUGCUGUCUGCACCCUCGCCCCUGGCCUCUGGGGUACUGGGCUGCACAGAGAACAGCUGUACUGGGAACUAAGCCAGCUGACCUACGGUGUCACCCAGCUGGGCCCCUACACCCUGGACCAGAACAGUCUCUAUGUCAACGGUUUUACCCAUCAGAGCUCUGCGCCAACUACCAACACUCCUGGGACCUCCACGGUGGACCUGGGAACCUCUGAGACUCCAUUGCUCCUCCCUGGGCCCACAGCCACUGAACCUCUCCCGAUGCUGUUCACCCUGAACUUCACCAUCCUGAACCUGCAGUAUGAGGAGGUCAUGAGACACCCUGGCUCCUGGAAGUUCAACACCAUGGAGAAGGUCCUGCAGGGAUUGCUCAGGCCCUUGUUCAACGAUACCACUGUCAGCCCUCUGUACUCUGGCUGCAGACUGACCUCGCUCAGGCCAAAGAAGGAUGGAGCAGCCACUGGAGUAGAUGCUACUUGCACCCUCCACCCUGACCCCACAGGCCAUGCACUGGACAGAGAGGAGCUGUACUGGGAGCUGAGCCGGCUGACCCAUGGCAUCACCAAGCUGGGUCCCUACACCCUGGACAAGGACAGUCUCUAUGUCAAUGAUUUCACCCAUCAAACUUCUCUUCACAUCACCAGCACUCCUAGGACUUCCACAGUGAACAUGGGAACAUCUGGGUCUCCAUCCUCCUUACUCAAUCCCUCGGCCACUGAACCUCUCCUGAUGCUUUUCACCCUCAACUUCACCAUCCUGAACCUGCAGUAUGAGGAGGUCAUGCGACACCCUGGCUCCUGGAAGUUCAACACCAUGGAGAAGGUCCUGCAGGGAUUGCUCAGGCCCUUGUUCAACAAUACCAGUGUCAGCGCUCUGUACUCUGGCUGCAGAUUGACCUCGCUCAGGCCCAAGAAGAAUGGGGCAGCUACUGGAGUAGACACCACCUGCACCCUCCGCCCUGACCCCACAGGCCAUGGGCUGGACAGAGAGCAGCUGUACUGGGAGCUGAGCCAGCUGACCCAUGGCAUCACCAAGCUGGGUCCCUAUACCCUGGACAAGGACAGUCUGUAUGUCAAUGGUUUCACUCAUUGGAGCUCUUUGCACAUCACCAGCACUCCUGUGACUUCCACAGUGAACCUGGGAACGUCUGAGACUCCACCCUCCUUGCCUGGCUCCUCAGCCACAAUCCCUACUUUGGUACCCUUUACCCUUAACUUCACCAUCUCAAACCUGCAGUACAUGCCAGACAUGAAGCACCCAGGCUCUGCAACAUUCAACACAACCGAGCAGAUCCUGCAGCACAUGCUCGGUUCUUUGUUCAAGAACACCAGUAUUGGCCCACUGUAUGCUGGCUGCAGACUGAUUUCCCUCAGGCCAGAGAAGGACAGAUCAGCCACCAAAGUGGACACCAUCUGCACUCACAACUCUGAGCCCACAAGCCCUGGGCUGGACAGAGAGCAGCUGUACUGGGAGUUGAGCCAGGGGACCCAUGGCAUCACUCAGCUGGGCUCCUUCACCCUGGACAGGGACAGCCUCUAUGUCAAUGGUUACACUCACCGGGCCCUGACCUCUACCCCCAGCACCUCGACCAUGUCUUCGGGGACCUCCAUGCCACUCUCCGCAGGUAAGACCUCUGGCUCUCUGCUAAUGACUUUCACCGUCAACUUCACCAUCCUGAACCUGCAGUACAUGGAGGACAUGCAUAACCUGGGUUCCUGGAGGUUCAACACCACAGAGAGGGUCCUCCAGAACUUGCUCACACCCUUGUUCAAGAACACCAGCAUCAACCCUCUGUACUCUGGCUGCAGACUGACCUCACUCAGGUCAAAGGAGAAUGGGGCAGCCACUGAAGUGAAUGCCAUCUGCACCCACCGCCCUGACCCCACAGGCCCUGGGCUAAACAGAGAGCGGCUGUACUGGGAGUUGAACCAGCUGACUGAUGGUGUCACCAAGCUGGGCCCCUACACCCUGCACAGGGACAGUCUCUAUGUCAAUGGUUACACCCACCAGCCUUCAGUAACCACCAUCAGUAGCCUGACUCAGCACCACCUCUCCUCUCCCUCCCCUGCUGCCACCACAAAAACACCUCUGGUGAACUUUACCCUCAACUUCACCAUCACCAGCCUAUGCUACAGGAAGGACAUGCAGCCUCCAGGCUCUUGGAAAUUCAAGGACGUGGAGAAGGCUCUGCAGAUUCUGCUGGAUGUGCUGUUCUGGAACACCAGUGUCCGCCCACUGUACUCUGGCUGCAGACUCAUUUUGCUCAGACCGGAGAAGAACGGGUCAGCCACUGGAGUGGACACCAUCUGCACCUUCCGCCGUGACCCAGCACAUCAUGGGCUGGACAGAAAGCGUCUGUACUGGGAGAUCAGUCAUCAGACACAGGGGGUCACACGGUUGGGCCCCGCCACCCUGGACCCAGACAGUCUCUACGUCAACGGUUACACCAAGAGGAAGCCCCCGACCUCCAGCAGUCACACCCAUCCAGCCUCAAGCACGUCCACUAGUACUAUGACCACCACAACCCUCAAAGCAUCCUCUCUGACUCCCUCACCUGCCGUUAAGUCCACAGCCACUACACCUAACCAGGUGAACUUCACCCUUAACUUCACCAUCACCAACCUGCACUGCAGGGAGCACAGGCAGCCACCAGGUUGUGUGAAGUUCAACACCACAGAGAAGGUCCUGCAGGCUCUGCUUGAUACCAUGUUCAGGAACACCAGUGUUGGCCCGCGGUACUCUGGCUGCACACUGACCUUGCUCAGACCUGAGAAGAACGGAUCAGCCACCGGAGUGGACGCCAUCUGCACCCUCCGCCCUGACCCUGCACACCACGGGCUGGACAGAGAGCGGCUGUACUGGGAGAUCAAUCAGCAGACACAGGGCGUCACCCGGCUGGGCCCAUAUACCCUGGACCCAGACAGUCUCUAUGUCAAUGGUUACAGCCACAAGACGAAGCCCCCGACCUCGAGCAGUCACACCCAUCCAGCCACAAAUGCAUCCACCGCUGCCACCAUCGCUACCCUGGGGACAUUCACUCUCAACUUCACCAUCACCAACCUGCACUACAGGGAGCACAGGCAGCCACCAGGUUGUUUGAAUUUCAACACCACAGAGAAGGUCCUGCAGGCUCUGCUUGAUCCCCUGUUCAGGAACACCAGUGUUGGCCCGCGGUACUCUGGCUGCACACUGACCUUGCUCAGACCUCAGAAGAACGGAUCAGCCACUGCAGUGGACGCCAUCUGCGCCGUCCUCCCCGACCCUGUACACCAUGAGCUGGACAGAGUGCGGCUGUACUGGGAGCUGAGCCAGCAGACACAGGGCGUCACCCGGCUCGGCCCAUACACUCUGGACCCGGACAGUCUCUAUGUCGACGGUUACAACGCCAAGAGGACGCCCCCGACCUCCAGCAGUCACACCCAUCCAGCCUCAAACGCAUCCACUGCUGCCACCACCGCUACCCUGGGGACCUUCACUCUCAACUUCACCAUCACCAACCUGCACUGCAGAGAGCACAGGCAGCCACCAGGUUGUUUGAAUUUCAACACCACAGAGAAGGUCCUGCAGGCUCUGCUUGAUCCCCUGUUGAGGAACACCAGUGUUGGCCCGCGGUACUCUGGCUGCACACUGACCUUGCUCAGACCUGAGAAGAACGGAUCAGCCACUGGAGUGGACGCCAUCUGCGCCCUCCUCCCCGACCCUGCACACCAUGGGCUGGACAGAGUGCGGCUGUACUGGGAGCUGAGCCAGCAGACACAGGGCGUCACCCGGCUGGGCCCAUACGCCCUGGACCCGGACAGUCUCUAUGUCGACGGUUACAACGCCAAGAGGACGCCCCCGACCUCCAGCAGUCACACCCAUCCAGCCUCAAACGCAUCCACCGCUGCCACCAUCGCUACCCUGGGGACCUUCACUCUCAACUUCACCAUCACCAACCUGCACUGCAGGGAGCACAGGCAGCCACCAGGUUGUUUGAAUUUCAACACCACAGAGAAGGUCCUGCAGGCUCUGCUUGAUCCCCUGUUGAGGAACACCAGUGUUGGCCCGCGGUACUCUGGCUGCACACUGACCUUGCUCAGACCUGAGAAGAACGGAUCAGCCACUGGAGUGGACGCCAUCUGCGCCCUCCUCCCCGACCCUGCACACCAUGGGCUGGACAGAGUGCGGCUGUACUGGGAGCUGAGCCAGCAGACACAGGGCGUCACCCGGCUGGGCCCAUACGCCCUGGACCCGGACAGUCUCUAUGUCGAUGGUUACAACGCCAAUAGGACGCCCCCGACCUCCAGCAGUCACACCCAUCCAGCCCCAAGCACGUCCACCACUACCACUGCCCCUACCCUGGUGACCUUCACCCUCAACUUCACCAUCACCAGCAUGGAGUACACGAAGGACAUGGGGCAGCCAGGUUCCCCAAAGUUCAUCUUCAUCGAGAGUGUCCUACAGAGCUGGCUCUCGUUCUUGUUCAAGAGGACCAGUGUCCACUCCAUCUACGCCGGCAGCAGACUGGCCUCGCUCAGGCUUGCAAAGCAUGGAUCGGCCACCAGAGUCGACGUCAUCUGCACCUUCCACCCUUACCCAGGAGGCCCUGAACUGGACCGAGUGCGGCUGUACUGGGAGUUUAGCCAGCUGACUCAGGGCAUCUCCCACUUGGGCCCCUUCACCCUAGACAAGGACAGCCUUUAUGUGAAUGGUUACACUCAUGCAGUCCCAAUUAACCCAACCACUGCCCCUACCCUGGUACCCUUCACCGUCAACUUCACCAUCACCAACCUGAACUACACAGAGGACAUGGGGCAGCCAGGUUCCUCAAAGUUCAACUUCACUGAGAGAUCGCUACGGAGCUGGCUCUCGUUCUUGUUCAAGAGGACCAGUGUCCACUCCAUCUAUGCCAGCAGCAGACUGGCCUCGCUCAGGCUUGCAAAGGGCGGAGUGGCCACCGGAGUGAACAUGAUCUGCACCUUCUACUCUUACCCCGGGAGCCCUGACCUGUACAGAGAACGGCUGUACUGGGAGUUCAGCCUGCUGACUGAGGGCAUCUCCCACCUGGGCCCUUACACUCUGGACAGAGACAGCCUCUAUGUCAACGGUUACACCCAUGCAGUCCCACUUAACACAACUGGGGAGCUCAGCGAGGAGCCCUUCACUCUGAACUUCACCAUCAGCAACCUGCGCUACUCAUCAGACAUGGGGCGCCCUGACUCCCUCAAGUUCAACAUCACCGACGCCCUCAUGCAGCACCUGCUCAGUCCUUUGCUCCAGAGGAGCAGCCUGGGUGCACUCUAUGCAGGCUGCAGGGUCACCUCGCUCAGAUCUUUGAAGACCGGCACUGAGACACAGGUGAACUUCCUCUGCGCCUACUGGCAGCCACCUGGUGCCCCAGUUCUGCUUGCCAAGAGGGUGUUCCAUGAGCUGAGCCAGCAGACCCAUGGCAUCACCCAGCUGGGCCCCUACUUUCUGGACAAAGACAGCCUCUAUGUUAACGGUUAUCACGAACGUGGUCCGGAUGAGCCUCCUGCAACUCCUGAGCCAGCCACCACAUCCCUGCCUCCUCCAGAAUCCACCACAGCUCCAGGUUAUAUACCCCAGAACAUAUCCAUCUCAAGCGAGUACCAGCUGAUUUUCCGCAUCGUCAACUGGAACUUCAGCAAUCCAGACUCCACCUCUUUGGAGUACACCACCCUACUGAGGGACAUCCAAGACAAGGUCACCGCACUCUAUGCAGCCAGCGAGCUACGGGGCACAUUCCGCGACUGCCUGGUCACCAACCUAAUGUUGGACCCCAUGUGGGUCACUGUCAGAGCACUGUUCUCCUCCAGUCUGGAUCCCAACCUGGUGAAGCAAGUCUUUCUGGAUAAGACCUGGAAUGCCUCAUCCUACUGGCUGGGCGCCACCUACCGAUUGACAGACCUGCAUGUGACAGAAAUAGACCUAAGCAGACCCAGCCCCCAGCACUUCCAGUUGAAUUUCACCAUCACCAAUCUACCAUAUUCCCUGGACAUAGCCCAGCCAAGCACUACCAAAUACCAGCAAAACAAAAGGAGUAUUGAGAAUGCGCUCAACGGACUCUUCCAAAACAGCAGCAUCAAGAGUUACUUUAGUAACUGUCAAGUUUCAGCAUUUAGGUCUGUGCCCCCCAGCAGUCACACUGGAGUGGAUUCCUUGUGUUACUUCUCACCAUUAACUCGGAGACUAGACAGAGUUGCCAUCUAUGAGGAAUUCUUACGGAUGACCCAGAAUGGUACCCGGCUGCAGAACUUCACCUUGGACAGGAACAGUGUCCUUGUGGAUGGCUAUUCUCCCCAGGAAAGUCAUGCCUUGACUGACAAGAUGGACCUUCCCUUCUGGGCCAUCAUCCUCAUCUCGCUGGCAGGAUUCCUGGGAUUCAUAGUAUGCCUCAUCGCCUGUUUCCUGGUGAUCGCCUGCCUGCGGAGGAAGAAGGAGGGCGACUACGAGGUCCAGCAACGCCACCUGGGCUACUACCUGGCACUCCUAGACCUGAGGAGACGGCAAUGACUGCAUCUUCCUUGGGUCCCUUUUCCCCAGCCAGGCUCCAGAAAAGCUUGGCUGGGGCAGAA